GGCGCGUUUAGGUUUUUAUAAGGAGAGGGAGAGGAUUUUAAGCGAGGCCACGUCUUUUUUAUGCGCCUCUCAAACCCUUGAAACUCCAUUCCUCCUUUCCCUUUUCGCUCUACACUCUCCAAUCUAGGGUUUUACCUCCCCCCCUUUCUCCAAAUCACUCUUCUUAGUUCUUACCUCCUUUUCCCCUAGAAGAAUCCUCAAUGAGCAACGAAGGGAUUAACUUCAACAUGGCCGAUCUCGGCGAUGCUCUUAACGAGGAAGCUCGAGCGGGCCUUGUUAACGCUCUCAAGAAUAAGCUUCAGAAUCUUGCUGGGGAGCACACCGAUAUGCUGGAGAAUCUGUCACCGAAUGUCAGGAAGCGUGUGGAGGUUCUCAGGGAGAUCCAGAGCCAACAUGAUGAGUUAGAGGCUAAGUUUUUUGAGGAGAGAGCAGCACUUGAAGCUAAAUAUCAGAAACUAUAUCAACCCCUAUAUGCCAAGCGGUACGAUAUUGUGAAUGGUGUUGGUGAAGCUGAAGGAACUCCAAAUGAAGCAACCAUGGACCAAGGAGAGGAUAAAGCUGCCGAAGAGAAAGGAGUGCCUGAUUUUUGGCUUACCGCGAUGAAAAAUAAUGAAGUGCUGUCUGAGGAGAUCACUGAACGUGAUGAAGGAGCUCUCAAAUAUCUCAAGGAUAUUAAGUGGUAUAGAAUAGAGGAACCCAAAGGAUUCAAGCUUGAGUUUUACUUUGACACUAAUCCUUAUUUCAAGAAUGCUUUGUUGACAAAGACAUAUCACAUGAUUGAUGAAGAUGAACCUAUUCUUGAGAAAGCUAUUGGGACGGAGAUUGAAUGGUAUCCGGGAAAAUGCUUAACACAAAAGCUCCUUAAAAAAAAGCCGAAGAAGGGAUCAAAGAAUGCCAAGCCUAUCACUAAAACGGAAGAUUGUGAAAGUUUCUUCAACUUCUUCAAUCCACCUCAAGUUCCUGACGAUGAUGAAGAUAUUGAUGAAGAUACUGCUGAGGAGCUGCAAAAUCAAAUGGAACAGGAUUAUGAUAUAGGGUCAACUAUUCGAGACAAGAUUAUUCCACACGCUGUGUCAUGGUUUACAGGAGAAGCUAUUCAGGCAGACGAGCUUGAGAUAGAAGAUGACGAUGAAGAUGAAGAUGAUGAUGUUGAUGAGGAUGAGGAUGAGGAGGAUGAGGACGAUGAUGAUGAGGAUGAUGAGGAUGAUGAAGAAGAAAGUAAGACCAAAAAGAAGUCUUCAUCUGCACAGAAGAAGAGUGGAAGAGCACAAGGGGAAGGACAACAAGGUGAGAGGCCUCCAGAAUGCAAGCAGCAGUAGAUUCUAAUUGCUGCUGUGGCAGAUAUGUGGCGACUCAAGCAGGGUGGUCUAUAAAAUAUUGAUUUGGAAGAGAAAGGGGAGGGGGGGGUUUGCAGUUUUGGUGGUUAUUUAUUUUUACAUUUUUCAUGUUAUACCAUGAAUGAUUGGCUUGGAGAAUCCUUCUUUUCCCUUUCUUUUUGGUCUGUUGGUUUGAUCGGACGUGGUCUGGUAGUCGAGAUGUGUUGAGAUUUUCUUUAUGUGAAUGUUUCCAGAAACAAUUGAGUAUAUGUAUGCCUUUAGUGUUCUUGUUGUGAUAGCUUGUUAUCAUUAAAAUCAUGUUAUGGCCAGUCUAAUUAUAGUUAUUUUUUAA